UUCCCUCCAGGCCUUUCUGUUCCCUUUUAGCUUCUACACAGAGAACAUGCUCUUGCGUCUCUAACUUGCCCAAACAGAUGUAGAAAUACAUGAAAUAACCUUUAAAUGAAGUUUCUAAUUGAAGCACUGGAGCCAUAAAGCAGCAACUGUGUUGUACUGGCUUUUACGCUUGAAAUCAGAAGCAAAGUAAAAGUGAAAGCAAGGAGUUUCUGCAUAAUGAUCUGAUCGCAGUUACAUGAACUAAGCUUAAUAUAUUUUUAUUGGUUCCUGUUACAUUAUAUACCACCACAUGUGACAACAAGAAGCUUUCCCUUCAGCCUGUAAUACCUAAAGUUCCAGCAGGCUUUUUACAGCUUGAUAAUUAACCCAAUACAGCUUUAUAGACUUCUGCUUUUUCUCUCCUGCUGAAGACAGACUAACGUGACUGACUGACUGAACAACAUACAAAGUGAAACUUCCAUUAACUAACUUCUGCAGAAAUAAAAUCUGAACCUUGGAAGACAGCACCUGUCUCAAAAAUGGAAAACAUGGAGGACUGGAAUAGGCGGGAAUUGGUGGAUAUUCAAGGGAUCCCCCUCUUCUGGGGUAUGGCUGAGGAGUGGUCCCAGAUAGAGACUUUUGAGGCCCGACCAGAUGACCUUCUGAUCGCCACCUACCCCAAAUCAGGAACAACCUGGGUCAGUGAAAUACUGGAUUUGAUCUAUAACAAUGGGGAUACAGAGAAAUGUAAGCGAGAUGCCAUAUACAACCGAGUGCCCUUCAUGGAGAUGAUAAUCCCAGGAGUCUGUAAUGGUGUUAAGGAUUUGGAAGUCAUGCAGUCUCCUCGAUUAGUGAAAACACACUUACCUGUUCAACUUCUUCCUUCUUCAUUUUGGAAAAAUAAUUGUAAGGUCGUUUAUGUAGCAAGGAACGCUAAGGAUGUGGUGGUGUCUUACUAUUAUUUCUACCAGAUGGCAAAAUUACAUCCACUUCCCGGCACCUGGGAGGAGUUCCUGGAAAAAUUCAUAAAUGGAAAGGUGGCUUUUGGUUCAUGGUAUGACCAUGUGAAGGGCUGGUGGGAGAAAAGGAAAGAUUAUCGCAUUUUGUUCUUAUUCUAUGAAGACAUGAAAGAAAACCCAAAACGUGAAAUUCAGAAACUAUUAAAGUUUCUAGAGAAAGAUCUGCCAGAGGAAACCAUGAAUAAAAUAGUUUAUCACACCUCUUUUGAUGUGAUGAAGAAGAAUCCUAGUGCUAAUUAUACCACAACACCAGAAUGGGAUAUGGAUCAUUCUGUGUCUCCCUUCAUGAGAAAGGGUGUUUCAGGAGACUGGAAGAAUCAUUUCACUAUAGCCCAGUAUGAGCAAUUUGAAGCAGAUUAUCAGAAGAAAAUGAAAGGGUCUACACUGCACUUCCGUGCAGAGAUCUAAGAAAUAUUCACUCUUCGUCCAUGAAAUGGCACUUAGAAGGAAAAAAGUCUUCAAAAAAUGUAGUGAAAGAAAAUUCUGUAUGUGUGUUUCCUGAUUUUCUAAUAAUAGUUGUUGGCAAUAAGCUUUCUAGGAAUUUCAAAGUGUGCAAAAGAAAAGUCAGUGCUAUCUGUGGUUUUAAUUGCUUUCCACAGUGUUUUUUUACUAUUCUCAAAGUUUAAAAUCCAUAAUUUUACCUGUUUUAUUUUUAAAAAUCAAGUCCUUGGUCAUUGGACUUGCCAAGGAAGUUAUUUAAGGGAGUCUUGAAGAUGAAUGGAUUAGAACCAAAAUAUCUUCCUAAAAAACUUUAAUUUCUCUUUGUUAUAUGCUUGGAAUGAUACCAGUGUAAUUUAAGAUCAAUGACAUUUUUGUGCAAGGAGUUAUGAGAAAUGUAUUGUCCUAGAAUAAUUUUCUUUUAGAUAAAUUGUUAAUCAUAAUCUUUUUAGUAUUAUAUCUUAAUACUAAUGAUCCAAAACAGCAUCAAGAAGUUAAUCAAUAAAUAUAUAGUACCAAAGUAUCAUCCACAUCAUUAUGCUUUAGCUAUUCUCAGAGAGAAAAAACAAUAAGAAAUUAUCAUAAAAUCAAACUAAUCAAAAUUUUAAAUACCUCCUAUGUAUAAAUAAUAUGCUUUAAGAAUAACAAAGAAUAAAACAUAGAUCUUAAAUUUAAAGAACUAGAGUAGAAUUAGGAAUGAAAAGAAAGUAUAGAGAAAUAUCUGUAAGAACAUAAGAAGCCACAAUACUAAUACCUGUUAUAUUAACAGUUUGCUAUGUAUCAAUUACUAUCUAUGUAAUUUACAUGGCUUUACUUCAACUUGUCUUCAUUCAAUGCUUUAAGGUAAGUAUUCUAACUUUUUCCAAUUUUACUAAUCAGUAAACUAGCAGACAGUGUAAUUAUAUACCUAUCUACAUGUAAAAUUAUCAGCAAAACCACAGAGAAAGGUUGAUUUCUGAUCUUUUUUCUUUUGAAUGAUCUCAGUUAUUCACCCUUCGCCAUGUAGCUUCACUGGCAGUGGUCCUGCGUAGGUGUCUUUCUUUAAGCUGAAAACCUGUCAUUACAGAUUAAUCAUACCUUGUGACUCCUAGAAUAUUCAGAUGUUUUUAUAUUUACAAAGUUCACUGAUAAUCUUUCUUGAUAUGGAAAAUAACAUGUUACCACACUUCAUUUUUGUGAAAAUUUGAUCUUCUAAAUAUCAGCUCCAAAUCAUUCAAAACACUUAAGUUUUGAGUACAAUUCGAUAUUACACAAGCAUGUGUUUCUUUCUAAGUUACACAAAUAUAUGUUGCUCAGAUUUAUUAUGCACAUUGUGAAAUGAAUGUAAAUAGAAAAGGAGAUGUAGAAUAAAUAAUACAUACUGCAUUAUUAAGUAUAUAAUACAGCAUUUACUCUCAUUAAAACAUUUUUAUAGAGAUACUAGGAAUCAGAAAAUGUUAGUGAAAUGCCUUUAGGGUUUCUAAAAGUUGAAGUUAAACAUUUUUGAUUUGGACUUAAGUAUGUAAUAGCAAAUUUGUUUAAUACUUGUCUGUGGUGAUUACAAAGGUACAAAACAUAGUACUGAAAUUAAUGGUCUAAAUCAAAAAAUAUAAAUUCUCCUGUGCUUACUAAAUCAUAUAUUAAUUUAGCCUUUCCACCAUGUAGGACGAAAGAGUUCGGUUGAAACCUGGUAAUAAAUUUGUGAUUUAUACAACAUGAGGUGUUCUACAGUUUGCAAUUCUGUUUCCAGCAAAAGCCUAAAACUUAUGGAAAAUCUUUGGAAUAAUUUUAAAUAAACUGAAAAGAAUGCCUCCCAAUUUAGAGUGUGCUGAGAAGUUCUUCUAAAUGCUGUGUUUGUGUCAUUUUCGCCAAUAAAAAUCUUACAAUUAUAAAAUUAUUUUUUAAUUUUUCAA